AUGUUCCUCUUCGACGCCGUCGUAUUUCUCAUAGCCAUCAGUUUUUCGAUCGGCAUCUCCAUUCUCAUCUCGCAACCAUUCAACGGAGCCAUCGUCCGCUUACGUGCCAACUACCUCCCCAAAGCAGUCAGCCUCGACAACGUUCUUGAAGAUGGGUCUGCCAACUCUACCGCUCCUCGUGCUGCUCUCUCGUCCUUCUUGCUCUCUGAACGACGCUCCUCCGCUAAGAUCGGACCUGUCGUGACCGGCGUCUUUUCAAUGAUGCUCCGCACGAAGAGGCUGGAAGGCUGGGCAGGCAUCUACAAAGGAGCGAUUCCUGUGGCGAUUCAGAUCUUCACGCUUAGCGCGUUAACGUUUGUCUUCUUCAGUGGAGCUCCGGGUAGCUCUCCUGGAAGUGUGUACAAGGCUGGACCGGCGGGACCGGGGCAGUUUGGAUUCUUUGCCAACUUGUUCUAUAUGCUGUUCGUCUCGAUGGCUGCCUUGCCCUUAAACGUUAUCACAUAUAGGACGAUUGUUCAUCCUCGUGUCCUGCCCAUCAGCAAUGCGAGGGAGAAUCUGCGGGAGCUGCUGUCGUACACGGAGUUCAGUCAGCCUUGGAGACUUUACCUCCUCCCUGGCUUGCUGGCCGCAAACGUGCUGCAUGUCGUCUGGAUCGGGUUGGCUACACGAAUCGUUCGACAAUUGACGGUGCCAAGCUUGGGUGGGUUGCCAGGAGCUACACCAGCAGGAUCAAAUCAAGACACCUACUCGGGUCCCAACUCGAACAUGCUCGAGCUCAGUCCUGUGGGUUUGCCACUCUUCGUACUGUGGAAUGUGGUCAGUGUCGUAGUGCUGGCUCCGUUGGAAUGUGCGAUGGUGCGCUUGUCGACGCAGAGGCCCGAGAGACAGAACCCACUUCACAGGGCGUAUGCACGGGUACCCAACGGCAACGGCGCCAACGCUCCUUCGCCGUACAGCCACCAAGCCACCGCCGCAGCUCAAGCUCAACCAGGUGGAGCAUACAGAGAUGACGCCUCAAGCGAAACAGCAAGAAAGUCAACCGAGAGCACCAACGCAGCCGACAAACCUCUCCCCUCUUCACCCGAUGAUCUGCCCGGUCGACCUUCCUUCGCUAUCGAAGACGAAGAGUCGGAUGACGACGGAGACGUCACCUCUGCUGCCAACAAGAAGCCCAAGUCGAACAAAGCUGCUCGUGUGCUUGGUCAGACCAUUCCUGAAUCCAACUCCAACUCCAACCCCAUUCCGUCUAACAACACAAACGGUGCGAGCGGAGGAGGAUUCAACUCUCAACCGCAAUUCAGUGGCGGCGAACCACCCGAGCCGGUCAUUGCUUUGCGUCCGAUUGAGGAGCAAACUGCUGAAGAGGCCUCUGCGGAGUUUGGUGCACCGGUGGUCAGGAGAUAUGAGGGUCUGAUGGAUUGUUUCAAUAAGAUGGUGGAUGAGGAGGGGAUUGAAAGUUUGGGUAGAGGGGCUUGGGUCACGUUGUUGGCUAUGUUUGCUGGGUCGUUUAGCUGA